AUUACCCUUGGACAUGUGUAGUCUGCCGUCUAUUCAAUAGAAGAACAAGAAGCACGGAAAUGACACAACUCGUACCGCACAACUGUCUUCAGUUUCUGGGGGAGUGUAACAAUGAGAGACUGACUGAUGCUGAAGAAAUCUCCGUGGUUAAAAACAUUAAAAACAGUCGUCCAGUAUGAUGAGAUCAGCCAUUGGCUCAGACUGCUGUAUAUCAGCCGGAGACCCGAGAUUAAGUCACGCAGCAGUCCCACAUCAACAUGAAGUGUAAGGAGGAGGAAGAUCUGGCUGGCCAGCAGGUCUGGAACCAGGAGAGGAACUUCAAUCUGGACCAGGAGGACACAGAUCCUCCACAGAUCAAAGCGGAACAGGAGGAACUCUGCAUCAGUCAGGAGGGAGAACAGCUUGUAGUGAAACAUGAGGAUGAAGGCAUCGUCGUCUGGACCGGGGAAGAGCGGCUCAGACAGCUGCAUAACAUCUGGAAACCUGAGAAAGCUUUACAGACCACCGACCUCCACCAGCAAACUACCUGUAAGGAGGAGGAGUUUGUCGCCAAUCAGCAGGAGAGGAACUCAAGUCUGGACCAGGAGGACCCAGAUCCUCCACAGAUUAAAGAGGAACAGGAGGAACUCUGCACCAGUCUGGAGCUGAAGGAGAUUGUACUGAAGCAGGAGAUCAAUAGUUUUAUGGUGACUUCUAGUUUUGAGGAAAGUGACCUCAGUGAAUCAGAACCAAACGAUGACCAGCUCCUUGCUCUUAACUUUCCUGAACCAGAGCUUGUGGAACAGGAAGAAAACCAGCAUGUGGACUCGGGAUCAACUAGAAAUGCGGAGCUGAAGAAAAGGAGACGUCACAGAAACAGAACAGAUAAGUCUCGGAGUGAAACUGAUACAAGUAAAAAAUCUGUAAGCUGUGACACUUGUGGAAAAACUUUUCAGUGUAAAUCCAACCUGACGAGACACGUGAGAGUUCACACAAGUGAGAAGCCACAUUCUUGUAGCACCUGUGGGAAAAGAUUCAUUUGGAAAUCAGGAUUGGAAACUCACGUAAGGAUCCACACAGGCGAGAAGCCAUAUUUUUGCAUCACCUGUGGGAAAAGAUUUAAUAAGAAAUCCGGAUUUGAAAGUCACGUGAGAAUCCACACAGGUGAGAAGCCGUAUUUCUGUAGCACCUGUGGGAAAAGAUUUGGUAAGAAAUCAGGACUAGAAACUCAUUUGAGAAUCCACACCGGUGAGAAACCGUAUUCUUGCAACGUCUGUAGGAAAGCAUUUAGAGACUUGUCGACUAUGAAAAGUCACAGGAGGAUCCACACAGGUGAGAAACCAUAUAUUUGUAGCUCCUGUGGGGAAAGAUUCAGUUGGAAAUCAGGACUGAAUUUUCAUCUAAGGAUCCACCCGAGUGAGAAACCAAAUCACUGCAGCACCUGAGGUAGAAAAUGACCUCAUGCUCCAAGUCAUGGUACAUUUUCUGUCCACAGCAGUAAAGAGCACUCUAUAUUGUUUAUUCCAGCCCCGACUUUAUGUUUCUCUAAGUUUGAUAUUUUUUUUAUUGGUCUUUAAAGGUGACACAAAUAUUUAUUGAACAUGGAUGCUCUUUUAAUAUUUACCACAGAAACUUGUAUUUCUUCUUCAGUAUAGAAGAAAACAAACAUGAAAAUGAGUUUUUCAUCACUUGUUCCUUGUAACAACCAUGAUGUGAUUCCUCUUUAUCAGCCAAUAAAUAAGUUUUAAUACACAUGAAUAAAGACUUUAAAAAAAGUUCAAGACAAGUAUACAAUUUUUAUUUAAAUAUGUUUUCUUUGUGAUUUAUUUUAAUGAAGGUUAUACUUCAAUAUGGCUUUGACCUGGUUGUCCUGGUCCUUCUUAGCAACGUGUUGCAAGAUUUGAUUAAAAUUUUUUGUGACUAAUUUUGUCUAUUGUGUAAUCCCUGCUAAAUAAAAGCAGUUAAAU